GAGAAGAUAAGUGGUCUGGGAUAUUACAAGAAACUCUGAUGGCAAGGCUUAUCUCGCAUUAUGGUGGUAAUUCUAGAAGCUUGUUUGAGAUUAUUAUACUAUUUCUUGCGCUAGUGUUACAGAUUUGCUCCCAGCAUGCAACAUCUCAUUCCAUAGUGCAGUUCCUUCCUGGGUUCCAGGGACCACUUCCUUUUGUACUUGAAACUGGGUACGUGGGAGUGGGUGAAACUGAAACGGAGCAGCAAGCGGAACUUUUCUACUAUUUUAUUGAGUCAGAGAAUGAUCCUAAAGAGGAUCCUCUUGUGCUUUGGCUAACGGGAGGUCCCGGUUGCUCUGGUCUUUCUGGUCUUGUCUUUGAAAUAGGUCCACUGACAUUUAAAAACGAGGAAUACAAUGGAAGCUUACCUAAUUUGGAAUUGAAGCCACAGUCAUGGACUAAGGCAAGUAGCAUUAUCUUUUUGGAUUUACCUGCCGGUACUGGAUUCUCUUAUCCCAAAACAGAACGUGCUGUUCAGCAAAGUGACUGGAAGCUAGUUCACCAUGCUCAUCAAUUUCUUAGGAAGUGGCUGAUUGAUCAUCCGAAAUUUCUCUCAAAUGAAGUGUAUAUUGCUGGCGACUCAUACUCAGGCCGUCCUGUCCCAGUAAUUGUUCAAGAAAUUUCAUAUGGAAAUGAAGGUGGAGUGCAGCCGUGGAUAAAUCUCCAGGGAUACUUGCUGGGGAAUCCCUUAACAAUACCAACUGAAGGUGACUACGCAAUACCAUUUUGUCAUGGCAUGGGACUAAUAUCUGAUGAACUCUACGAGUCACUGCGAAAGAAUUGUAGAGGAGAGUAUCACAAUCCAGACCCCAGAAACUUUGUUUGUCUAAGAGACAUCGAAUCCUACCAGGAGUCUAUUUCAGGACUUGAGACGGGCAAUAUUUUGGAACCCAAAUGCGAAUUUGGUUUGCGUAAUCCAAUAGAAGUCCAUAGGAGGAUGUCUCUUGCAAAGCCGUCGACGUUUUUGAGUUCUCGUCUCUCGCUGCCACCCUUAGGAUGCCUGUCUCAUGGUUAUUUCCUCUGUACCUACUGGGCCAACGAUGAUAAUGUUCGCAAUGCGCUGCAUAUUCGAAAGGGAAGUAUAGGGAAAUGGAAACGCUGUAACAAUGACAUACCUUUUGAGUACGACAUCCUUAGCAGCUUCCAGUAUCAUGUAAAUCUCAGCAGAAAAGGGUACCGUUCAUUAAUAUACAGUGGGGAUCAUGACAUGAUAGUUCCAUUCUUGGCGACUCAAGCGUGGAUAAGAUCUUUAAACUACACCAUUGUGGAUGACUGGAGGCAAUGGUAUUCAAAUGGCCAAGUUGCAGGAUACACGAGGACUUACUCAAAUCGGAUGACAUUUGCUACUGUGAAGGGUGGAAGGCAUACAGCUCCCGAGAACAGACCUGAAGAAUGUUUAGCCAUGUUCAGUAGAUGGAUAUCUAAUAUGCCACUGUAGGAAUACCCAGCUGAGUCAAGGUGAUAAAAUGCUAUGGGGAAAAUGAUUUAUCUUAACAAAAAGAGCAAUUAGCAAGUUCACCAGGCAGUUUGUCAUUCCCCAAAUAAAUGUGUAUUUUCUCAUAUAACAGCAAGGGUAGCUGUAGAUGACAAAACAUCUAGUGGAAUAAAGGGAAAAUAAAAAAAUACGAUUUAUAUGUAUAUAAUUU